UUUGUUUGUUUGUUGUUCUGGUUGCGCAAGGCGCUCGCACGAGCGAAGGGGUCGAUGUCGUAGGCUUGGAGUUGCGCUUGGAGUGGAGGUGGGACGAAGGAUUCGGGGCAGAGGUGCAGAUGAGGUCAUGCGUAAGGUAUGGAGGAGGAGGAGGAGCAGGAGCAGGACGUCGUCCGGCUUCAGUCGUCGCCAGGUGCGGGCAUUGGCAGCAGGGUCAGCAGCAGCAGCAGCAGCGCCGGCCAGCAACCGGUUGGUUAGCGUAGCGUAGUGUAGUGUAGCGAAGCGAAGUUUAGCGCAGGCGAGGCGAGGCGAGCAGUGCCCAGCUACUCCUGUCUUGUCAUCAAUCAAUCGCAUGCACUUUCUCGUACGAAACGACAGGCGAGUGCGAAAUAAGGCAGCGUCGAAACUCAGUGGCAGCCCAAAAGGUUUCCACGCGGUCAUGGAGCCGAGGCCGGGAGGGUGAGCCCACGCAGAGAUGGCGGGGAGAGAGUGUUAGCAAGGCAGGCAGGCAGGCAGGAAGGAAGGAAGGAAGGAAGGAAGGAAGGACGGAAGGAAGUGUUUCAGGCCUUUCGAUCUCGUACCGCCUCUCGUGUUUCAGCGCAAAGCUGUUGUUGCUCUUCUUGCUCCUGACUCGCACGGCUGGCGCGCGUGCUUAGGUCUGUACACAAGCGUUUGGUUUCUUGGGUGGUGUAAGAUGUUGUAGAGAUCCGGCAAUGUAAAAUAUGGAACUGGUGCUUGAAGAGGCUUGCUUUAGCUGUUGAGUCGCGUGGGCCCUCUGGAUAGCGCGUUGUUUGUCUAUCCAGGGUUGGAAGUAUGGCUUCCUCGUGAGGCGUACAGCAUGCUUGGGAAAACCUGUUAUGGACUAUGAAGUGGAGACCGCAUUCGUUUGUGGCGCAUCGGCUUGACCUUGGAGGCAGUGAGUGUGAGCUAGGUGCCCUGAAGGCAUGAGUGCCUUGCGGGCGGCUACUUUGGUGCGGUAAGUUAGGCGUGGUCACUUUUUUAUCUGCGGUGGAAAUGGAUGGUUCACUUCGCGCUCUCCGGACAAACGGAAAAGAGAGGCAGGUCUGUACAGGAUGAUCUCUGUCUAGGGAUCUUGUAGAAAUUGCAGGUGUAAGGAUAUGUGGGAUAGAGUGUGCUAGGUAUGAAAUGACUUCUCCCUCGCUGCGAUGGGUGAUUCGCUUGUCGAAUGUGCGAUCCAAAUCAGCGAUGUGUGCACCUUUCAGUGAUUAUGGGAAAAAUCUUAGACCUUGAUUGGCAAUGCAGGGACGGUGUCACACUUUCGACUUUUGUAGAAUAGCAUUUGAGGAGAUUUAAAGAGAAGAACCAGUUGGAUUGCAAGCCAAAUCUCUUCGCCUCAUUUACUGAGUGGAUUCUGCGGCUGGUCCAUUGUGACCGCAGCCUGUCGUACGGUCUUCAGCUAGGUUAGUCUAUGGGUCAGGGAACUUCAUCCGUCGCGUGUGCGUCAGGGCAAGAGGAAGAAGGAGUGCUCCAGGAGUUGGAUCAGAACAAGAUGCAGGGAAAAGACUUUUCUCUCCAAGUGCCGGAUGAGUGCCUGUCAUGCAUUUUUCAGAAACUCAGCUCCGUUGAUCGGAAGACAUGCUCCCUUGUCUGCAAGCGUUGGCACUGGGUAGAGGGGCAGGGUCGACAGCGGCUAUCCUUGUAUGCACAGGAAAAGCUUCUGGAUGCCCUUCCAGAAUUGCUAUCUCGUUUCGAGCAUGUUACUAAACUCGCCUUAAAGUGUGACAAGAAGAUGACGAGUAUCGACGACGAAGCACUUUUUAUCGUCGGCCGGGACUGCAGGCAGUUGAAGAAGUUAAAAUUGAAAGGGUGCAAACAGCUGACGGACGACGGAAUGGAAAUUUUCGCAAGGGUUUGUGGACCACUGAAGAAAAUUUCCUGCGGCUCGUGUGGUUUUGGUGCUCGAGGGCUGAAUUCGAUCUUACAACAUUGCGUGAACCUAGAGGAUCUGACUGUGAAAAGAUUAAAAGGUCUCUACGAGGGUCCUUCGGAGCUCAUUGGCCCAGGCUGUGGAAAGAUACGGCGAUUAUGUCUGAAAGAGCUUUUCAAUGCCCAGCUCUUCGGGCCUCUUCUCGCCGGCUCGAGGCAUCUACAUACUCUUAUGCUUUCGAAGAACUCUGGCAACUGGGACAAGCUCCUGGACAUUAUUACUGAACACCUACCUGAGUUGGUGGAACUUCACAUGGAGAAGCUGCAACUUAGCGACAAAGGGUUGCAGGCGGUGGCUCGAUGUAAAAGUCUGGAAGUUCUGUACGUUGUGAAGGCUCCAGAGUGUACGAACGUCGGGCUCUCGGCGGUGGCAACUGGUUGCAGGCGCUUGAGGAAAUUACAUGUCGACGGCUGGAAGGCCAGUCGAGUCGGAGACGAAGGGCUCCUUUCGGUCGCCAGAACAUGCAAGGAGUUGCAGGAGUUAGUGUUGAUUGGACUUAACGCAACCAUGGCCAGUCUUAGUCCACUGGCCACAAACUGCCACGGACUCGAGAGGCUAGCACUGUGUAACAGUGAGACAUUCGGGGAUCCAGAACUUUUAUGCAUCGCAACCAAGUGCCAGUCUUUAAAAAAACUAUGCAUCAAAAGCUGCCCGAUUUCGGAUCAAGGCAUGGAAGUUCUUGCCAGUGGCUGCCCAAAUCUAGUGAAGAUCAAAAUCAAGAAGUGCAGAGGCGUGACACCCGCAAGUGUAGACUGGCUUCAGAAUAAGAGGGAGACGCUAAUGGUAACGCUGGACACCGGGCUUCCAUCACCUAUUACAGAUUUGGCUACAGGUAGGGCCCUGCAACCCGGAACAAAUAGGGUUACUCGAGGGGCUGUUCCGCAAAACAGAUCCCCAUUGGCCAAAGCAAGGCUCGCAAUUGUGGCGGGCGGUUCCUUCGUCGCCUGCACAUUCUUGAGAUGGUCGUCACCAGGUGGUAGUGGGUCGUCUUCGCCUACUUGAAUUCCACAAUCCUUUCCAUGGUUAUUGCAAGACGGCAUGGUUGGCUACUGCAGUCUGUCCAUCCUGGUUGCUUAAGCUGGCGGAACACUGCGAAGGGUGAUUGUGUCUGGGUAUGGGUGAGCAGAUUUGCCUGAAAGUGUGCGUGCUUGGUUGCUUCAGUCCCUGUGGCACUUUCACGGUACUGGGAGAAGAUGAUGCGUUUGAACGCCAUUCUAGUAACCGUGUCAUGCAUGAUCAAAGAAUCUGAUGAAUUCUGUUCAUUGCUCUAGACUACUCUGUAAGAUGAACUUAUUCCGGAACUGAUGGUUGGCUCGAGAGAAGGAAUCGGAGAUCAGGGGAUUUUUGAUCCUUUGAUCCUGCAGAUUUAUUGCAGUCAUAUCUUGAUUCUUAUUUGCUCCCAAAGUGGGCAAGUUAGCGACUACUGUCUUUGGCCAAACCAAAGUGGUUUCCUAGUUUAGCCUCUUUCUUUCUCAAGCUUUGUUGUACAAAUCUGGUCUGUCCUUUUUGACUGAUUUUUGCGGAAGGCUCGUGUUUGUACAAACUUCUGAAGCAAGAGAAGAGGUUAGUCAAGGGAUCAGGAGACGAAGCUCAUUGUGAAAUUUCUUUUAUACCCAAAAAAGUGCCCAGUUUUAAAGUUACUGAUUUCGCACAAUGUGCUAUUAUCCACUGCCAUCCUCGGGAUAUUUUGGAUGCAGGCCCGAUAGAGGUUUUAGUGAAAGAUGCUGGCAGUUAAGCAAUUUUUCCUGCUAGCCUUGGGAGCUCUCAGUAUCCCUUGUCUGUCAGGACAGCUCAGUGAAAUCUGGAGUACAGAUUGGAUGAUUUUAAGGUCUUCGUAUGUCAGGGGAUUUCAGCAGAUUAUCCGCUCAUUGUAGUGUGCGAAUGUGACUUGCUUCUCCAAGAAAUAAAGGCGCUCAUGUGGAGAUGGCAUCUAAUUCGGGAUGUAUCCUCUACUUCAAAACUUGAAUGCAAGACCUCGUCCCUGUACUCGUGCAUGGUUCUUCAAGGUUGGAGUAAGAAUCUGAGGAAAAUACAUCAAGUUUGGUCGUUUACCUCGGAGACAACAUGCUGGUGGCAGGGCCACCUGGAACCUGUAGCUAUAUCUGAACAUAAAUAGAUUAUAUUUAAUUCAGAUUGAGUACAGUAUUACGCUU